UUACUUUCUUCACACCAUUCAACCACUGUCACACAAAUAACACUCUCUGCACCUUCUCUUUGUUCUUCAUACGUCUCUCGUUUUCAUUGCUUCUUCUCUUUGUGUUUCUUUGUCUCAAUCUUGUUUAUCAUAGAAUCUUCAUUAUUCCUGUUCCUCACUUUAAUGUAACUGCAACUUCAUUUUCUUUGUUCUGCUUCAACUUGGUCUUUUUCCUUUUUGAAGUCUCUUUGCAGAAAGAUGUAAUUUUGAUUUCAGAUUAAACUACCCUUUUGCUUUUCAAUUAAUGUCUGAAUCUUCAAAAGUGUUUUAAACGAAUCCCAACAUGGUCUCACUCAUGGAAUCUCGUUAAUCUAGCUGAAUCUUUGAAUGUUCUGUUCUGUUUAUGAAUAUUCUUCUUAGAGCUUUUAUACUAUAGAAAAUGCAGGUUGUGAUUAUGGGUUUUCGUUAACUUUUAUUGUAUUGCCCUCCAUAGCUAUAAAUUCAUAACUUUUAUUUGAUUAACUUCACUUUGAAUUUGAGUGUGUGUGAGAAAGUGUAACAUGUAACUUGUUUCUAGGUGUAAAUUUUGUUUCUUUUGAUAUAGCAUAUGGAGGGUUUUUAUUGUUAUCUAGAACAAGGGUAGUUUUGGAUCUUAGUUUUGUUCAAUUACUGACUAGUUCAUUUCUCAUUUGUUAUACAACAUAUGCAAAAGUUGUUCAUAAAUUCUUUGAAAAUGUAAAUUCUUUUUUCUGGAUUCUUUCAUUCAUUUACUUCACUAUAGCUUUUCUGUUUAGGAUGUUAUGUAGAAUUCUAGUCUCCCUGCCCAGAGUUUUCGCGUAUGCCGCUUUAAUUAAGCACUGUUUUUUUUACCAUUAGAGCUCUCUUGAAUUGAGUCAGAAAAAUCAGCAUCUUCCAAUUGCAUAUUUUUCAUCUUCUUUACUUAUAAGAUCAAUACUAGUUCAUUGGUACUAUUCAAAGACGAAUGGAAGAAACAUUUGUUCCUUUUCGCGGAAUUAAAAAUGAUUUCAAAGCAAGAAUUAUGUGCUACAAACAAGAUUGGACUAGUGGAUUCCGCGCAGGUGCAAGGAUCUUUGCACCAACUACAUACAUAUUUUUUGCUUCUGCAAUUCCUGUUAUAUCUUUUGGGGAGCAACUCGAGAGAACUACUGGUACACAAAUAUUUUUCAGGUUCAGUCUCUUGGUGUUUGUUUAUGUCAUAUUAUAUGCUAAGAAGUUAUAUUAUACAGAUGGAACUCUCACUGCUGUGCAGACCCUUGCAUCAACUGCACUAUGUGGUAUUGUCCACUCGGUUAUUGGAGGGCAACCUCUCCUCAUACUAGGUGUAGCCGAGCCAACCGUUUUGAUGUAUACAUUCAUGUACAAUUUCGCAAAGGAUCGCGAGGAUUUAGGACACAAAUUGUUCUUGCCUUGGACUGGAUGGGUGUGUGUUUGGACUGCACUGUUGCUGUUCUUGCUGGCUAUUCUCGGUGCAUGCUCCAUUAUCAACCGGUUCACGCGCCUUACCGGUGAACUAUUUGGUCUGUUAAUUGCAAUGCUCUUUAUGCAGCAGGCUAUAAAGGGGCUUGUGGAAGAGUUUGGUGUACCGAAGACACAGACAGAAGGUACCAAUCAGAUUGCACUCCAAUCCUCUUGGCUGUUUGGCAACGGAAUGUUUGCUUUAGUUUUAUCAUUCGGCCUUCUUUUUACCGGUCUAGGAAGCCGCAAGGCUAGAUCAUGGCGUUACGGGACAGGUUGGCUACGAGGAUUUAUAGCUGAUUACGGAGUCCCCUUAAUGAUUCUCGUAUGGACUGCUGUAUCUUACAUACCUGUCAACAAGGUCCCAAGGGGAAUCCCGAGGCGACUUUUCAGUCCAAAUCCAUGGUCUCCUGGUGCAUACUCAAAUUGGACUGUUGUAAAGGAAAUGUUGAAUGUGCCUCUAUUGUACAUUAUUGGAGCAUUUAUACCAGCUACUAUGAUUGCCGUGCUUUACUACUUCGAUCACAGCGUUGCAUCACAACUCGCGCAGCAAAAAGAGUUCAAUCUAAGGAAACCUUCGUCUUAUCAUUACGACUUACUACUCCUGGGAUUUUUGACCUUAUUUUGCGGGCUUAUUGGAAUCCCUCCUUCCAACGGUGUGAUUCCGCAAUCUCCAAUGCAUACCAAGAGCUUAGCUACUCUAAAACAUCAGAUUUUACGGCAUAAGCUUGUCUCUACUGCACGAACGAGCAUGGGGAAAAACAUGAACCUGAGUCAGUUUUACGAAAGUAUGAAAGAAGCAUAUGACGUAAUGCAGACGCCAUUGGUUUCCCAAAUGCCAUCCACCUUGGGGCUGAAAGAUUUGAAGGAGUCUACCGUCGCACUUGCUUCAAGUCAUGGAUACAUUGACGCUCCUGUUGAUGAAAUCGUCUUUGAUGUGAAUAAGGAUGUUGAUGACCUUAUGCCAGUCGAAGUUAAAGAGCAGCGCCUCAGUAAUUUACUGCAGGCAUCAAUGGUUGCGGCUUGUGUUGCUGCUAUGCCUCUUUUGAAGAAGAUACCAACUUCGGUGCUUUGGGGUUACUUUGCCUUCAUGGCUAUUGAAAGCUUGCCGGGAAAUCAGUUUUGGGAGAGAAUAUUGUACCUUUUCACUGCUCCAAGUCGAAGAUACAAACUGCUGGAGGAACACCGUGCCACUUUUGUUGAGACUGUGCCUUUGAAAGCAAUUGCUCUGUUUACUCUGUUCCAGACAGCUUACUUGCUUCUCUGCUUCGGCAUAACCUGGAUACCAAUCGCCGGGGUCCUCUUCCCGUUGUUAAUCAUGCUUCUUGUCCCGGUUCGGCAAUAUUUUCUUCCCCAUUUUUUCAAAGGAGCCCAUCUACAAGAGUUGGACGCCGCAUCAUACGAGGAAGCACCUGCCAUUGCUUUCAACAUGUCAUUUGAUGAUCUAAGUAACCAUGGAUCAAUGGCCAAUGUCAGUGGUGGAGAAAUUCUUGAUGAGAUUAUCACGAGGAGUCGCGGAGAGAUACGUCGUACUCAAAGUUCUAAAGCAUCUAGUUCAACUGCAACACCAAUAGCAGGAGAUAUAAGACCUGCUAAUAGCCCGCAAAUAUCACGAAUGAUUCCUAGCCCUCGAGUAACCGCAUUGAGAGGGGAAAGCAGCAGUGCAGGAUCAAACGGAAAGGAGUUAAAGUUAAAGCAAAUUCCUUGAAAAACAUCCAAAUGAUACACAACUUAAAAGCUAAAAUGUAUCUUUAACAGAUUAUACUAGUACUAAGUGAUUAUAGUAGUACUAAGUGAUGUUCUAUAGGUUGUUUUUUUUUACAACAACAAAACAUCAACAUCUUCUUGAUGUCUUUCUUUGUUUCGUUUUAAUCUUAUUCCUUACGAUAUAUAAAAUGGGCAGGAACAGUUUCAAGUUGAUGCUA